AUGGAUUCAGGGAAAACUGUUGAACCUGAGUUUUAUGGAGAAGGAAACAAAGGAAAUACAGUUUUGGAGAAGGAAAACCUAGAAGCGAGGGAUUUAGCCGCAAGGGAGGUAAGGGUGAUCAAUGGAAUUGAGGAAGAGGUCAGUCACCACCCAACACUCAUUGCUUGCCACUGUGAAGGUAGAGGGUGGAAGUUCUGGGCUGACAGCAAUCUCCGGUCAAAAUUUUGGGGGCGAUCAAUUCAGCUUGACCCUGUUGGAGUUCUAAGCGUGGAGUUUGAUGAUGGUGAAAUUUUCCAGUGGAGCAAGGUCACAACAAAUAUAUAUAAUCUCAUUCUCGGUAAACUUUAUUGUGACCACCAUGGUACAAUGCACAUACGGGGUAAUCGUGAGUAUUCAUGCAAACUGAAGUUCAAAGAGCAAUCCAUUCUUGACCGAAAUCCUCACCAGGUCCAUGGAUUUGUUGAAGAUCUCUAAUUGUUUCUUAUAGCUUUGUCUGAUCCUGGGUAUUUGAUCACGGAUUAAGGAGAAGCUCCCACCCACGGAUUCCAGACUCAGGCCAGACCAGCGGCACCUGGAGAAUGGAGAAUAUGAAAAGGCGAAUGCGGAGAAGCAACGGUUGGAAAGAAGGCAAAGAAUGGUACGUAUGGUAUCUUUGAUAUCUCUGGGAUACACACACACACACCAACCUAAAUGCGAGCUUCAUAGGCUGAUUCUUCAUUUGUUUAUUUAUUUUAUUUGGCGUGGAAGGUACAAUGUGUUUUUUUUUUUUCCAUCAGCAAAUUAAUCGAUGCAUCCAUUGAUUUUGGAUAGAAAAAUGUUUAAUAAGUACUUUUAGUGUAUCAUAUGUUGCAUGAAAUACCAGUAUUAAGGA